UUGAUGAAUGUGAAUGUGCAAGGAAUCCCCUGGCGUGCCGUUUGAAUUGGACUCAUCCAGCUUUUGAGAAACUCGGCUCGAGGAAAAGCGAGGAAAAAUCGGCAGAGCAAACGCUGCUGGUGCUGCUGCUCCACAUCCACUUGAUGACCCUCUUCUGGGCAGGAAGAGGAAAAGUCUCCUAGUUGGCCUCCUCGAGUCCGCCUCAUUCAAUGUCACUUGCCUCGAGGACGAGUGUUAAGUCGGGCGGCAGCGAAGUGGAUUUGAGGCAGCGGAAUGCCAGCAUCCGGAAUCUCUUUGCCCCCACGCCGGCUGAGUUGGCCAGAAAAAAGGAAGCCCGUCAAAGGAGCCGCAGCCAGAGCAGCUUCUCGCUCCAGAGGAUCGGCAGAGGCAGCAGCCAGGAUAAUGGGAUUGGUGGGCAGAAGGGAAUGGACUCGGGCUCCGGCCUCCUGCCCACUUCCCAGAGCUUCGAUGAUUACGCCUUGGGCAUAAAUCAAUUGCCAAUGACUGCGAAUCAAUCGGCAGUGAGACAAUACAAUGGCCAUGGCCAUAACGAGCUGGGCCCGAGUCCCUAUGCACCGGCGGUAAUUCCCAGGACCUCGCACAAUGGCUGGCAUCAGAGUGCAUUUGAAUUGGCAAUGAGCCGGUCUCCUACGGCUCCUUCUUCGGAGGAGGACAAAAACUGGAGGUCGACGAGCCAGCUGGAAAAUUUUAUUAACAGCAACGAGCAGCUGCAGCAGGACACUUGUGUUGACUUUGGUAAUGAAAUGACCUGGGGCAAAUCUGCUGAGAAAUCGCUGCCAUUGAAUCACCUGCAACUGCAGGGCGGAGGAUUUUCCCGAGACGACCAGUGGGAUUUGGAGCAGCGCGAAAGUUUGCACAGCCAAAGCUAUCGACCGGCGGCGGCAGCGGCAGCUCAGUCGACGCCGCUGGCAGAGCGCCUGCAGCGCUUUCGAUACCGCCAGCAAUUGCAGUUGCAGCAGCAGCAGCAACAACAAUCGAGCACUGAUAUCGACUACGGCUACGAUAGCCCCUUUGCUGGCCAUUUAUCAGCUGAACAAAUAGGCGUAGCCAAUUGGCAGGGGCCAAGGGGAAUCGUCGAAGGGAACGCCGUUGGCGGGACAGCUCCAGUUGAAGCUGAGCAUUCAGCGGAGCAGCAGGAGGAGGAGCUGCCGCCGGAUCGAGUUCUAUAUCCAGACUCUGAGCCGGAGGAAGAGGAGUCAGCGCCCAAACGACGCGUUGUCAUCAGGCGACGCAUAGUGCGCACCACCCGCACCUCCCCACAAACUGCAGAGGUUGAAAGAGAAGCACCCACCAACACAACCACCAGUGAAACUCACUCCUCAACUCCUGGUGGUGGAAACAACGGACGCAAUCUUGGCUGGCUGACCAGGCUGCGCAGCUUUGGAUCGAGCAAUCGGAGAUACCAGGAGAUUGCCACCGCCGCCUCACCGGCAAAAAUCGGCAAUCAAAGUGCAAUUUCUGCUGCAAGCAACAAGAACAGUUGCAACAACUCGAAUCCCAUCAUGGCCGUCCUGCGUACUAUGAAAUUGAAGGAGCGCCUGGUCAUCAGUCUGGGCGCCACCCUCGUUCUGCUCACCCUGCUGCUCAUCGUCGAUGUGCAAAUGGACUUUGGGGUGGCCAAUCGCCACCUGCUCCAGCAGCAGCACCAGAAGAUCCGCCUGGGCAACGACUACGAUGCCACGGGCGGUGGCGGCGGUGGAAUGCUGCACGAGUUCAAGCGCAAAUUCCUGCAGAAGAGCAACUCCUCGGGCUCCAAGGAGGCCUCCACGCAGGCGGCGGCAAGUCAGAGUGGCGGGGCGACCAGUGGCCAGGAUGCGGCUGCCGGAGCUUCGGGCGGAGCGGCGGGACCCGUGACAUCGGGCACCGUUUCCACCCGAAAGCCCGUUCCCCACGAUCGCUAUGUGGAUCUGCAGAAGCACAUAGUGAGUGACGAGUACUCGCAUGUGAUUGUGGACAAUGCACCGGAUGUAACCAGGGACAAUCCCACGCUCGCCGAGAUGCUGCAUCGCAAGGCCAGUGCAAAUGCCAGCAAUUUGGAGCGCUUCCAAUUGCGCAUCACGAAGAAGGAGCUGUACGGCGAGCAGGACACUCUGGUGGAUGCGGUGCUACGUGACAUGAUCAAGCUGCCAAUACAGCAUGUUGUGCAAAAGGAGGGCGGCACCCAGCUGAAAUUGAUCAUCGAGUACCCGAACGACAUCAAGGCCUUAAUGAAGCCGAUGCGGUUUCCGCGGGAGCAGCAAACGCUGCCCAACCAUUUCUACUUCACGGACUACGAGCGCCACAACGCCGAGAUUGCCGCCUUCCAUCUGGACAGGAUCCUGGGAUUCCGGCGUGCCAUGCCCGUGGCCGGCCGAACGCUGAACAUUACGACCGAAAUUUAUCAACUGGCCGAGGAGAAUUUAUUGAAGACGUUCUUUGUUUCGCCAUCGCUGAAUUUAUGCUUCCAUGGCAAGUGCUCGUACUAUUGUGACACCUCGCAUGCCAUUUGCGGCAACCCGGACAUGCUGGAGGGCUCCUUCGCCGCCUUUCUGCCCAACUUUGAGUCGGGCAAUCGCAAGCUGUGGCGGCAUCCCUGGCGACGGUCCUACCACAAAAGGAAGAAGGCCCAAUGGGAGACAGAUGCCAAUUAUUGUGCCCUGGUCCGGGACAUUCCGCCCUACGACGACGGCAGGCGGCUGUAUGACCUGAUGGACAUGGCCGUCUUUGAUUUUCUCACUGGCAACAUGGAUCGUCAUCAUUACGAGACAUUCAAGGUCUACGGCAAUGAGACGUUCCCCCUGCAUUUGGACCACGGCCGUGGCUUCGGGCGGCCCUUCCACGACGAGCUCUCCAUCCUGGCGCCCGUUCUGCAGUGCUGCCUGAUACGCAAGUCGACGCUCGUCAAGCUGCUGGAGUUCCACAAUGGACCCAAGCUGCUGUCUCAGCUGAUGAGCGAGUCCCUGAGCCAGGAUCCCGUGAGUCCGGUGCUCUGGCAGCCCCAUCUGGAUGCCCUGGACCGGCGGACCGGCAUCAUCCUGCAGAGCAUACGGGACUGCAUAAAGCGAAAUCCACCAGGCGACGUGGACGGAUCCGAGACGGACCUCUCCUCGUAGCGAUGAGGCUACGACGAGGAGACCGCUCGAGUGAACCCAGAAAUCAUCCUAGAGCAUUAGCUUAAACCCCCUAGCUGUUAGUCGCGUGUCCUGUGUGUUGAAACUAAAACAAAAAAACAAUUAGCGUUAAUGUUGGUGGCAAUCGGUCUUUGAAAAAGAUCAGCGUCCUAAGUGAAGGAAAGGAAUCCCUGUCGCUCUGUCUGCACAUACCAAAAAUGAGAGGAGGGAGAUGGAAAAGGCCAAGAGCCGAGGGCGGAAAUGAAUUCACUCUAAUGUUUAUACUUUCACCUAGAUUGUUUGUCGGGCAGCUGGAAAAGCAUUGAUUGGCAAUGAAAAUUGAGUACCUCCCACCCAAUCGCACACCCUAAUCUUACCGAGCACUAUCGUACGCUUACAGUGGGUGCCAAAAGUAAACAAAGACACAGUGUGCAAACAACCUGAACGAGAAAGUAAAAACUAAUGCCAGCAAGAGCGCCAGAAGGAAACUCGUUCAAAAGACUAUAAAACAUAAACAAGAAGAACUAAAACUGAGAAGGAAAACUACAAAAAUUGAAACUAUUUUCUAAAUAUUUAUUUAUAAUUUUUUCAUACAUUUUAUGACUUUUAUGUGCAUACACUUUUCCCGUAUGCAAACAUACCCAACCCCCAGACCCCCGCCCAUUCUCAAGAAACGUUGUUGCAAGUUUAGUUCGUAAGUUGACCUAACUUUAUGAUCGAUAUCAGGCGUAGCUUUAUCCGAUUCAAGGAUCGUCUUAUUAGUUAGUCCAAUCAGUUCCAGCGAGAAUCAUGUACUUCACCAUGUGGGAAACAAAACGAAAGAAAGAGAAAAGAACUACUGUUAACAAACUAAUUAUUACUAUUAUUGCGUACAUAGCUAAGUUAAAUUUGUUUUUAUUAUUGUAACGUUUUUCAAUUGUACCUUGUGUGGUUGAUAUAGAGAGCAUUAAUUGGCCAAGAGACAGGUGGAUAGAGUGUGAAAACUAUGAAGAGACAACAACAAAAUUGUGUUAGAAUUAGUAAAAUUUUAGUGAAAAUUUCAGAUGUAAUUAAUAAAAAAAGUACCAAAGAAA